AUGGCUCCUCAACGAUGGGCAUCACCAGAGGAGGAGGAAUUUGUUAACACAUUCUACAAGCAAUAUCAACAGUGUCAAGCAAGGAGGGACUACAGUACCUUCUGGAAGCCCUUUUAUGAGGCUUGGGGUGCCAAAUUUCCUGAGUGGGUUGUUGUGUUUCCCCACAUUCCUUUAGAUGAAGCUCUAAAUGAAGAACCAAUGCAAGUUGUUAGUAAGGUGUAUGAAGAGCAGAAGCUGCAACUCAUAAACAAGCUUCGUAAUAACUGGGGUUCAUCAAAGGCAUUGUGCAAAGCAGUGAAUAAUGGAGAAAAAACUCGCCAAAAAGUGUUCACCAAUAUUACAGCCCCACCAAGAGCCCAUUCUUUGCAAUCCCACAAAGCCUAUUCCAAGCUGUAUUUUGCAACCUGCAUGAAGCCUGCUGUAGAUGCCAAGAUACAAUGUCUUCAUCAUUGCGUGAAGUUAGGUAAUGGAAUGGACAAGAGGGGAGAAAAGGAUAUUGAUGACACUGAUAUAUCAACCACUGCUGGCGAUCCAACAAGUAGUUCCAUGGAAAAAGGUCAGUUUCCCAAGAGGAUUGCUGUCGUAAAGCAGGAGUUGUACAAUGCCAAGACCCCAGAAUCAGGACUUAGGGGCUGGGAAGACGGGGAAGGGAUAAAUCAUCAAGUCACCAUUGAUUGGCUCAUUAACAUCCUGGCAGAGUUCUUCCAAGAGCUUGAGCAACUCACAGGGUGGUCCUUCUCUGUCCUCAUGGGUGGGCCUACACCUGCGUUAGGAGGAAAGAUUGAAGUCAGCAGCUUCCAUGUUGGACACACCAAGAUGGGGAAUCUCUUUUCAGAAGCAUAUCCAGAUUUCAAUAAGACGAUAAUGAAACCUUGGGUGGAAUUUAUUAAUUGCGCACAUUCAAAAGGACUUAAGAAAGAUGAGUCGAUGAACAAUAUUAAUAAUGAGAUGGUCAUGGAAAAUCCUGCCAUGGCAAUGUCCGACUCAUCCAACGUCACUGCCACUCUUCUUCCACCCCUUGAUGAGUCAGAUGAACUCAAUCUUCUCGCCAAUGCCUUUUUAUCAUCGCCUGGAUAUUCCCAAUUGCAUUUGAGUAGCCUACAACCUCAGCUGCCUCUGACUUCCCCAUUUUUAUCUUCCAAUCCAUAUUCCUCCAUCAAUUCAUAUGAUGAUUUUUCUUGGAUCUCAUCAGCAUCGCAGCCACCAGCAGAAACCUCUGGACCAGGCAAGGCAUACACAACUGGGCCCAUUCUACCCCAGCCCCUGCCUCAGACAUAUCCUUCUCCACCACCAUUCGUGUGUGCUCCCACACCUUCUACCAUCACACUUGAGUCAACUCUACCACAAUCUAUUCUGCCCACUGAGCCAGUGUCCAAUCCUCCCUCAUUGACUGAGUUCCUUCAAGAUCUCAUGAAGAAACAAGUCUCCAUGGAGUCUCGUCAUGAGAUGAGUCAGGAUAUGCCACUCCCACAAAGCUUGCCAGGAGUCCCUCCUUCAGAAAUACCACCAUCAGGAGUCAUUCAUGCACAGACCCCACUACUCCCAGAAGACUCAGCAGCAUCUCUUACACAGAAUCUAUUUCCACCUUCACAAAAUGUUUUACCACCCACACGAUGUUCAGCUGCCGCUCCUGCGCAGAGUUCACCUCCCCCAUCAACCAUGAACUCUACAAGUCCCUCUGCAGUCAGUAUCUUGAUGCUGUUGCCUGUUGAACAAUCCACAGACUCCCCUGAUGUAACUCCGACCUGUGUACCUCCUCCCCACACUUCCAAAAGACACAGGCACCAUGAUAGCAACAAGAGCGAAGUCUCUGAUGGUCUUGUCACUGGCCACUCUAAGCGGGUCCAUGUGGGAUCAAAGCGCAAUGAUAUUACAAAUACCAUCAGGCAAGACACUACUAGGUCAGCUACCCAAAGUUCUGCCCCAGAACCCGAACACUAA